AGCGUAUCCUUGUACGGACGAGUUAAAAGAAAGUGGUCUGAUACACGCGUGCUACAGCUCUGCCAUGGAGUUGGAGUGACAGAUAAGAAGAUGGAGCUCCCGGCGGAACCCCGGUGGAUGAUGCAUGCUCAUCAUUCAGCCUUAAUGGGUACCCCAGAUUCAGUGGCUCCUCAUCCUGGUUUAGGGCAUCAUGGCUCGGGAUAUAUGGAGCCCGGAGCCCCGUUAUUACCACCAGAUGAGGUGGACGUAUUUCUCAGACAUUUGGACUCUCAAGGAAAAACCUAUUAUCACACACAUGGAACCCACUCUCACACUCGUGCACGAAUCUCUUAUAGUCAAACACAUGCACGGCUUACGGGUGGCUCAAUGUGUCGUCCCCACCUUAUCCACUCUCAAGGACAUUCUUUACUGGAGAACAGCAAGUCGACCCUGUCGGCGGUCCAACACCACAACAAAUGGGCAGUCAGCCACCUGGGUAAAGCGGUUCUACAUUCAGCAGGCGCUGAAAACUCUAAUGGAUUUUACAUGGGCACCAGUACACCUGCCCCAGGUUCGAUGCCUUGCCUGUCAAUGACACAAGACUGCAGCCCUCAGCUCUACUGCCUACCCCCUACUCCACCCAAGGACGCGUCCCCUGACCCAGCGUGUGCUGCUGCUGUAAGAGAUACUGGGAAGUACCAUAUGCAGCUUGUCGACGGGAUGAAAAUGGAGUGCUCUAGUCCAAUCCGUAGUAAUCUGGCACAGACUACAUCACAUAUAGGCCUACCUUCUUAUUCUGAUUAUGCUUUUGCGGGAGCACACGACUUGUCCAGCAGUAUGUUUCAUUCCAGAAGUUUGCUCGAGAGCAGUGCAAACAACAUGAUGUCAAAAAGCAAAAGCCGUGCUUUCUCAGGGCGUGAAUGUGUGAAUUGUGGAGCAACAUCAACUCCUCUGUGGCGGAGGGAUGGAACAGGUCAUUAUCUGUGUAAUGCAUGUGGACUCUAUCACAAGAUGAAUGGCCAGAACCGACCACUUAUCAGACCCAAGCGGCGACUGUCAGCAUCUAGUCGAGCAGGAACCUGUUGUGCCAACUGCCAUACAGGCACCACCACACUUUGGAGACGUAAUGCCAAUGGAGAACCUGUGUGUAAUGCCUGUGGUCUGUACUACAAACUACACAACGUGAACCGCCCCCUUACAAUGAAGAAAGAUGGGAUUCAGACCCGCAAUAGGAAAAUGUCUAGGAAGCCUAAGAAGAGGAUAGUGGAACAUUUUCCACAGUUUGACAGUUGUGUGCAUGAUAAACCAUCCACCUGUAGCCACAUGGCCACUAUGCCCCACCCCUUCAAUAUGACCCCACCCUUACAAUUACAUUCUGCAUUCGGUCACACCAAUUUAGUCACUGCCAUAAUUUGAGAGACAAUACCAUAUUAAACACAUAUUAAAACAUACCUAAUGAACCACAGCAUCCAUUUUAUUAAUGAUUCAGCCUUAAAUAUUAGUCCAAAUGUUCAUUAUGUAAGAUGUUGUUAAAAUGCUUUGUUCAAUUUUUUAUAUGAAAUUAUAUAUUGUCUUGGUCUGCGCUUUAUUUAGUGGAUUCUCGUUUUGUCAAAAUGUAUUUUAAGACAACAUAGAAUCUGACUGUACACCAAGAGUUUAACGAAUUAACUAGGCACUAUCAAUUAAUAAUAAAUAGACCAUAUUUAUUCAAAUCAUAAUCACAAGUACAACAAUUUUAUGCCAGAUUAAAUCCCCUUUAUGCCCACACCUGCCUCAUUGAAUCUAAUCCCUAAUCUAAUACUGCACUGUAUUUUAUGGAACUGUGAAAAAGGAAGGAGAACGUCUUCCCCCACAUAACGACUGCUGGCGUCCUGUUUCAACUGCAUUAGGAUUUUAAAGAUCAUAUUAUAAAUAGUUUGCAAGUCUCUCUUUAAACCAUUUUGUUAUUAUAUAAUUAUUGCUUUAAUUUAUUUAUUUCUUUAUUCAUAUUUUCAAGCUUUAUAUAAAAAUGCUUAUAUCAACAUUAGUAUCUUCUCUGAACACACACAUAUUUACACACAUAAAAUGUAAACAGAACACACACUUUUUUACUG